GUCGAAUGAAAAACGCGGUGAGCUGAGAUUUUGUUCAAAAUCUAUGUUUAGCACAACAAAGUGUGUGUGUGUAAUCUUGGCAGUCUAAGUUUUUUUAAGUCUUUUUUUUUUCUCAAUGAGCGGUGAUACAAACUUUGGUUAAAAAUCGCAAUUAAUUGCUUUAGCAAUACGCGUUUUACAUGGAAAGUAUUUUUUGCUUUUUACAUUUGACAUUUCAAAGCAGGCAAAGUUUAUAAACUUAAAUUGUUUCGUUAUUUUUCGCAAUGAUUUUACAUCUCUUAGUAAAACAUGGAUAGUAUAAGGUUUAAUUCCAUCAAGUUAUUUUUCAACUAUAGUUUGUCUCCAACCUGUAGAUGGAGUGGACAGAACAAAAAUAUGUGAUGCUAGCCCGAGAAAUCCUUCUUUAAGGAUAUAACUUGCUGUCGCGACCGCAGCCUGAAGCCGUUCUAGCCACAGUUUCUUAUCGGUCGUCACGUCGCCGUCGUCAACGAAAACGUCUGUUGCUUAAGCUUGAGUAUCCAACAUGGGCCUUCUCGCUUUGGGUACUCCUCUUACAUGGUCUGAGACAAAACAGUACGCAGAUCAUGUUCGGAAACACGGUAUACUGCAGUUCCUCCACAUCUACAACAAGCUGAAAGAUCGCGAGAACGACUGCUUAAAGUGGGGAGACGAGAAUAAAUUAAAUACACUUGUCCGCUUGUUUAUUAUUAUUUUUUCUAGCAAUAAUAAGGCUUCUUGGAGACCUGAAUACACCAGCUACAUGGUUGAAGGAACACCUGGUCAGCCACUUGGUGGAUGCAUGAGGCACUUCAACGUGAUUGAAGCAAAUAUGAAACUGAGACGUGAAGAAAUCCUGAAAAACUUAACUGGUCCCGGAGAGACUGUGCUGACAAUUUGUGCAUCUCCCAGGAUGGGAUGCCCCAACUUUACCUUUCCAAGGUUUGACCCCACCCCUGUUGGAGGAAUAUUCUGUUCCAUGUUCUAUCCUGACCAGGCGCUUUGCCAGGGACAUCCAAGGUUCAGCACCUUCACGAGGAACAUCCGGGAACGAAGGGGCACAAAAAUCGCCAUCAAUGUUCCAAAACUUGCUGCUUUUUUUUAUUUGACAAUGCAGACGACUUUCCAAGCAUGUAGUAUCAGCGAAGCAAGAUACCUGUAUGAUCAGCUGGCAGUGGUCGCCCCGAUAUUAAUGGCACUGUCAGCAGGUACGCCAAUUCAUCGUGGAUACCUCGCAGAUCUUGAUUGCCGCUGGAGUGUGAUAGCAGGCUCAGUGGAUGAUCGCACACCUGAGGAGAGAGGACUGGAGCCUUUGAAGGAAAACAGGUUUGUGAUUCCGAAGUCGCGAUAUGACUCCAUCAGUACAUACCUGUCACCAGAGGGAAUUAAGUACAGUGAUAUCGACUUGGUGUACGACAAUGAGAUUUAUCAGCAGCUGGUGGAUGGCGGAAUCGAUCAACAGUUGGCUCGCCAUUUUGCGCACUUAUUCAUCCGGGAUCCUUUGACCUUGUUCCGUGAGCAUAUCUAUGAAGACGAUGAACAGAAUACGAAUCAUUUUGAGAAUAUCCAGUCCACCAACUGGCAGACCAUGCGUUUCAAACCGCCUCCCCCUAACUCGUCCAUCGGUUGGAGAGUAGAGUUCAGAGCCUGUGAUGUGCAACUGACAGACUUUGAAAAUGCCGCCUUUGUAGCUCUCAUUGUGCUUCUCACGAGAGCCAUUUUAUCGUUUCACCUCAAUCUGCUUAUUCCCUUGUCCAAGGUUGACGAGAAUAUGGUCACCGCUGGAGAAAGAGAUGCUGUCCGUCAGGGAAAGUUUUUCUUCAGGAAAACUUUGAAGAAAUGCUCCACUGUGACUAAUGGAGACGGUCAUAACUGUGAUUCAGACGAAUUUGAGCUGAUGACGAUUGACACAAUUGUCAACGGCAAGGAAGGUGAAUUCCCCGGACUCAUACCGCUGAUCGAAUGUUACCUUAGCAACGUGGAUGUCGACAUUGCCACGCACUGUACCAUUUCUCAAUAUUUGAAACUUAUCUCGAGGAGAGCUUCAGGUGAGCUGCUGACGACAGCGCAGUGGAUUCGCAGAUUCGUCGACAAGCAUCCCGAAUACAAGAAAGACUCGGUUAUCAGUGAAACGAUCUCUUACGAUCUAUUGAACACUUUCGAUCGUAUAAGUCGAGGAGAAAUGGGUGCCCCCCAACUUUUUGGAAAACCAAGAAAUGCCUGAAAAAUAAGGAAGAAAUGCGAAAAAAUGGAGGCUGGACAAUAAGCGAGAUGAUUUACUCACUAAUGCAAAUACUGUGCUAUAUAUAUACAUUUAGCAUAAAUCAACCAGCGUUUACUAAAACAGUUAGAUGAUAGUGCGCCCUCGUCAACUAUCACGCGAUAGAAAUCUCGAGCUCCUAAUCUAAAACUUGUUUAAUAUAUCACAUUCGGGGCCUUCGAUCGUCAUGUGACAUCAUGUCGGAAUAGAUGGUGCCACUUGGAAGGUAUUAGGGUAGGCAAAUUUCUUAAUUUGUAAUCUGUCAGAACCACUUGAUCGCUCGGACAAUCCAUCUUAAGGGAAUUUUAUACCUAUCUUUCACAUAAAAACGUUGGUCAGUCUACGAAGUGGAGAUUCUGAUGACAGGCAAAUGCUUCAUUUGGAGAGUAAUGCUUUAAUAGCUUUUUUUUUAGCGAGAAACAACUCAGAUUUAAACAUGUUUAUAAGUUUCCUUAAAUAGGUGACUUGCUAUCAAAACUUAAUUCAAGUGCAUAAGUGUAUACAAGUGUAAUAUAAGUAAAAGUGCGUAAGUGUAAUACAUUUAAUGCAAGUGUUAUCUGAAUGUUACCGUUGAAGCUGAUAACACUUACGAAACCAUGAAUAUUCUCGAUAUCAGGAAACAAAGAAUGCAAUACAGUCUCAUUAACUGCUUUAUACAGUGCUGUGUAAGGAACUUAGAAGAUAACGGACAUUAGCAAGUGAAACCAAUUUGUUCUGAACACUGAAUGGAAAGUUCAUUCGUUUGAAAGCUUUUAUCCUUUGUCCCUUAUUUUUAUUUUGUAUAAUAAUUUUUGUCUUCAGAUAUUCUUUUGAUAAUUUCUUGCCUGCUUCCGUUGAUUUUUACACACUAGUUCCAGCGCCAACACAGUCUUCCUUUUUUCCGUAUUUUAUAGCCGGAAAUGCGAUUGAAACGAAAAAAAUUAAUUCUGUAGCUAUGAGACCACGCUCGAGACAUGCACAAAAUCCGAGAAAGAAGUAUACAGUUCACAGAAUUGAGAUUGAGGCUUCGAUGUUUAAUUAAAAGAAAAUAAUUAUGAUUUAUAUGGCGUGUAAGGUAUUCUCUAUUGCUGUGGUAUGAUGGUACGUAAUGUAAUAAGAAAUGUGCACAUGAAUGUGGAGCAGAUUUCGUGUUAGUAAUAAAGUCCUAGUAGAUUUGUGCUACGCCAGUUGUCCUCAUGAACAGAAGUCUUGUGAAUAAAAUUAUAUACCCGUUUUAAAAAAA